CGUCCAGCGCAUGCGUGUAACAACGCAAGACAACCAUGCGAAAACCAGUGAAAUGAGUAAGUAUCAUCAAAAAUGUUUGUCUUUCAAACUGAGUAUAGUUAACAUAUUUGUUAAUCUUAGACUUAACUACUAAUGAGAAUUUGGCUAAGAUCUUCAACAUUUAGAAAUAUGUUGCAAAACUGUCAAGCACAUCGCCACUGGAAGUUACCGUGUCAAUCAACAUGGCGGCAAAAUAUUAAUGACAUAGGAUAGAUUUGUAUACAAAAAACUAAAAGUCCACAACAUAUUCAUUUUUAUUUCAACUUAUCAAAAAAGCACAAAACAAAGGCACAUAAAAAGCAUGUAAAUUUUCUGAGUAACAUCUGGAAAACAAAAAGAUUUGUCAUAAAUAGAUGUACCCUUACAAAUUAAAAAAAAAAGUAUUAUGAGAUUUUCCCUACCCGCUCAUAUGUCACGUGAUUUGGGCUUAGACAGGGUUACCCAAAAAUUUUAGUCAGCCAGAGUUAUUCCUCCAACCUAUUAAAGAAUAAAUUGUUUUUAAUUUGAAUCUAAUUUUACUUUAUUUUAAGUUAAUAUUGUUUCCAGGUGACAAAAAUUUUGGAAAAAUAAAACGUGGUCAGCAGAUUGAUAUAACCGGCUCGACCUUCGGGUACGGUAGCGGGUUUUAAUCUCAAACUCAAAGAAAGGGUGCACCAUACAAAAAUAAUCAGCACGGUAUCAGGGUAGUGUCAGUGGGCUUAGACUUAGACCAGUGGUGUUAUCCUACCCGUUCUUCAAAUUAUGAAAGCUUAGCGAAAUGGUUGUUUAAAAAUAAAUUAAUUCAAGGUGACCUUGAAGGUUGCUGAAUAUGUUCAGAAAGAUAAUUACAUUUUUAAAUAGUGGAACAAUAUAUGUUCAGGCUUGAAAAAAAAAAUUAUAAAAGCAUGUAUAGGCAAAACGCCUUCUUCAGCAGACAAUACAAAAUUAGAUGAGAAAUUAUUUGCAAUUGAAAAACUCAAGUGUUCCAAAAUCACAAUGAAGCUUGGUCAGUCUUUGUAUAGAAAAAAGGGCAAAAUUGUUAUUUCUUUGUUUUCACAUCUACACAUAAAUUAUUCCACUAUUUAUUUACUUCUUAUGGCUUGUAUGCAUUCCCCCAUAAAGAUAAUAUUGCUUUAUAGAACUGAUCUUGGAAAUUUGGAAUGCCAACACUGAGUCCACCGGGUUGGAGUAGUUAAACCCUUUAAAAACUUCUACACUCCUGAAAUAACUUAAUAAGAAGCAAUGUUGAGUUUUAAAGUUCUUAAUAUCUGAAUUAAGGAGAAACAUAUUUUCAAAAAUAUUUUUACUCAAUGCAAAUCCCCAGGCAAUGCUUUAAACUUGUAAAGUUGUACAUAAUAAUUCAAUAAUAUUAACAAUAUGUUGUAACAUCUCACCAAUAUUAUGGUAGUGUUAAUGUUUUUACUAACAAUGUAUUGCAUGGAACAUUGUCAUUUUCUCCACUCUUAAUUUUAAAAUUAAAAUUUUACAACCACCACUCCAUCCCCCAACCCAAAAAGCCAAUAUUUUUUAUGUAAUUUGUUUUUUUUAAAUAUAUUUUUUUGUGCUAUCAUAAUAAUUGGUUCGUUUCAUUAUUCCUUUUUAUAAUUAUUUAUCAUUUGUCUAUCUUAGACUCAAUGUUAUUGGUAUUUGUAAACCUUUAGACCUGCAAAUGCUUAAAUUGUAAUUGUACAAUGUGUAUCGUUUAAAAUUUUAAGUCAGUGAAGCUAAGGAUGUUAAAAAUGUAUACAAAUAAAUGCCUUACUCUUAUUUACGCAUUAACAACAACUUUUGCAAACAAAUUUUUACUUCUAAACUCUGUUAAUUUCUUAAAAUGCAAUAACAAAUAAUAUAAAGUAGGAUUACUUUACAUACAGGCCAACAAUCUAGACCUAAGAGUAAGAGUGGGAACAGCCUAGGCCUUUUGACAAUUCAGUUUUUUACACAAUGAAAUGAUCUAGGAAAAAAGCAAAUAUCUAGUUAACACACACACAUAUAUAUAUAUAUAUAUAUAUAUAUAUAUAUAUAUAUAAAUAUAUAUAAAUAUAAAUAUAUAUAUAUAUAUAAAUAUAUAUAAAUAUAUAUAUAUAUAAAUAUAUAAAUUAUAUAUAUAUAUAUGGGAAAAUUUAAUAUUUGCAGAUUUUAAACUACCAAACUAAGACUGAACCAUAAAAAGAAGUAGGUCUAUCAUUUUAUCAAUAAUACUUUUAAUUAUUGAUAGCCCUUCUUAUUUAUUAAGGACAUAAAUAUUUGCAGUUUAUUGGUUUAUUUAUUCCUCUCACAUUUACUAUUUUUAUCGUCUCUUUAUUUCGUUUUGUUAACAUAUAAGUGUAAUCGUAUAAGUACCAGACACUUGGUCAGUUUCAUUUACAAACCAUGUUGUACACGAAAUAAUUCUGUUACACACAUCAAGGCAGCUUUGAGACGACCCCUGCCCUACAUAACAAAGUAUAGUUAGCAUUGCACCUAGCUGGCGGCGUUUACAAUGUGCCGUCCAUUAUGGUCAUACAUUUUAAAAAGAAAUUAAACAUGAAUGACCUAACCAAAUAUUCAUUGAAUAAAGAGUCAUAUUUUAUGGUUUUUUCCAGUGAUUUCUGCCAAUUUUGUAUUUUUAAAUCGAAUAAAAUGUAUGAAUAGUAAUAAUAAUGUAGUUUCGGCUCAAGUUUCGGGGAUUUUAAAUUUCUUUUAUCCAUUCUUCUAUGUAUUAAUUUCAUUGAAAUUGAAUGAUUGACCACCAGCCACCACUCAACCUAAACUAAAGAAGGUGCAUUGAGAAGUUGGCUUAUUGGGCGUACUGUAUUUUAAUGCCGAUUUUGAAUAUCAUUUGAACCAUUUCUUUAACCCAACACCACCCUGAUAUACGUUUAUUGAUGACACAAGCACCAUCUCUAGACUUUUUAAACAUUUAUUAGUUAACCCUGCAUUGGCUGAUUGGCACUUUGCUCACGAAGUAGCAAAACACCUACAAACUACAAAACACAUUAAACAUAAGCCAGAAAUAGUUCACCGAAAAUGCCGCCCCAGAAAGUAGUUAGAGGUGCCCCACCGCACCCUCUUCCUACGCCAGUCUUAAGUUGUAGUCUAACCAUCUUGACCAUUGAUAUAGUUUUGGUGAGUUGACUUGAUACAUGUUUUGGUGAGUUGACUUGAUAAAUGUUUUGGAAAGUAGCGGUCUCUAACCCUAUCAGUGUAAAGUAAUUCAAAACUACCGACGUAGCCGAAACAUGGGCGUCCGCCCCGGUAGAAGGGCGUCAAAACAACCUCGGGGGCGUCUCUUUUAAUGAAAUUCUUUAUGUUUUCGGUCCGGGUGGGUGAAUGGGGCGCAAAGAGCCAAUAUUAAGGUCGCACAGGGCGCCGAAAAGUCUAGUUUGGGCUCUGCCUACCCGUAUAUUUUUAAGUAUUUGUAUUAGGCCUUUAUAAUGAAUAAAUUUUUAUAUUGAAGAUAGAUUACUAUUUUUUUACUUCAAACAUAGAAAUAUUUUUACUAUACUGUUCCCUUAAUAAAUUUGUUAGAAGUCGCACACGCCCCGCCCCCUUUUUUUUAAAAAAUGCGUGUAUGGGGGGCGGGUAAUGUAAUACAAGUAACAAGCACUUCAAUAUCUGGACAGAAAAUAAAAAUAUCAUUGCAAUUAACUAGGUCGGUGGUCGACAAAUCGCGCAAAUCUGUAGCGACCUUACUGCGGCUCGGCCAGUCGGCCACAAAUAGGUUUUGAAUCCGAAAAAUAUGGGUUUUGAGAGGUUCUUGAAAAGAAAUUUGGCUCUAACAAUUGUCCUGCUGCUGAUUUUUGGCUCUUUUGACUUAAGAGUUUUCCGACCACUGGACUAGGUGGUUAUGUGAAAUACCCGUACACAUAAAAUCACAGGAUUGACCUUCCUAACAAACUUCUCUAAAAAAAUACCUUUAUUUGCAUCAUAACGGGAUACAAAUUAUCAUCCAUUUAUUUCCUAUUGGCUUAAUAUAAGUAUGUACUUAUUUGUAAAUUCAAAUUAUUUGUUAAAGUUAUCAUAUUUUGUGACUGUAGGACGAUAAUUGUAGUAUAAUACUACUACUACUACUAGUACUUAUUAUUACCGAUAUAUAUUUCAUUUUUUCCUCAUUGUACUUACUCGUGGACGCUUUAACUAAUACUGGGCGACCAGCUAGGACAGAGAAACAGAGAAAGGGGGGAGGGGGGGGGGGGGGCGGCUACAAUUGUAAAUAAUCGUCAUGCUCAUAUAUAUCUAUACAGAUAUACUUUUAUUAUUAAAUUAUANUGUGGACUGUUUGGGGGGGGGGGUGGGGGGGUUGGAAGGAUGUAUUUAUUAGGCUUCGCCACGGAAAUAGCCUUUCCUCGGCACCAUCUUGAAAAUAUACAAUAAAUAAAUAUACAAAACAAAGCACCACACACACUAUGAAAAUAAAUGCUUGAAAAUAAUAACACAUCUAAAUAAUGAGUCUCAACAUAUAAAUAAUAAGAUUAGAAAUAAAUUUACAUAUUGGCCUAUAAAUUAAUAAGAAUUUAAUGAAUUUUGACAAUUUUGUUUUUUACCUUUAAUAAUACUUGAUAAAAAUAUUUUUAAAAAUAAUUUUCUUUCACAGGAACCGGUUUUAUUAAAUGUAAGAACAUUCGUACUAGAUAGAUAUAUUGGAUUGCAAUAAAAAUGGCUCACAUCAGCGUUGUUAAUGGUCAGGCUGAUGCAUUAUCUCUGAAGGAUAAGCAGAUAAAAAAUCACUUUGAAGAAGCUAAAUCUUGCCUAAACUCAUCAUUUGAUGGUACAAUGGAUAUUAUAGAUAUCCAUCAAAAUAUUGAGACAUUACCAACUGCAACUGAAAACUCUAAUAGUCUAGAUUACCAUAUUUCAAACACAUGCUGUGACACAUUCAAGAAUUCUGAAUCUCUUCGGUCCAAUUGUGAAAAUAAGGAUUUUGAUAAAAUUGAAAAUAUCCAUGAAAAUGGCUUAAUAAUAAGUGGUUCAUCGCCAAUAUCAGAACAAAGAAUUGAAACUAUUACCUCAUCAAAUACAGAUAUGGAAGAGACAAAUGGAUUGUCCGCAUCUUCUCAGCUGUUAAGCUCUGAGCUAGAAGACCUGUCCAAAACCAUUGUAUCAGGUGCCUGUACAAGCACUUUAGAGUCAUCAAAAAACAAAGAUGACCACAAUUUAUCACUUUCUGAAAUUAAGACUGAAUCCACACCUGAAGAAACUAGUUCAUUCAAUUCAAAUUUGUUGUGUGCUUCAGAGGAAAAUAUUAGUGAUAUUUCCAAAUCAAAUUGUUUGGAAUUUAAGAGCACAAAUAUUGCAACAGAAGUUUUAUCAGAAAAAUCUGAAAAUGUAAUAGUAAUAGCUAGAUCACUGCCCCAAGUUUGUUCAGAAAAUAAGAAUGUGUUCAGUGCAAAUGGUUUGAAACUCAAAGAGCAAAUAUUUGAAGAGUUAAAAGAAACUCAUUCUGCUGUGUCAAAUGAUCUCAAAACCAGUUGUGCAGAUGAGCUGGAUUCUAUCUCUCAUCAAAUACAAGGUGAGAGCAAGCACAUUAUCAAUCAUCUGUUAGUAGCUCCUAAUUUCACUAAAUGCAGCUUCCAUAAUUGUACUAAUGGCUUUAACUAUGGGAAAAAGUUAUUGUCUUCUUUUUUUUUAUUACUAAAACCAAGCAUUCAAUUACUGUAUAUAUAUAUAUAUAUAAUAUAAACAAAAAAUUCACAAUAAAAGAUUGAUGUGGGACCUGCUCGAUUAUUCUUUUGAUUUUUCAUGAUAAAAAAUACCUUUAUUUCAUAGGGAUGCCAUUUAAUUUUAAGUCAUUAAAAUGAAUGAAUCAAUUAAUAAAUAAAAUAUUUUAAAAACUAAUUAAUCUAUUUAGAAAUAUCAAUGGCUGAUACUUAAAUUAAAACUUGUGACCUAGCUAAAUUGCUUAAUAAACUUGAUUCUUAUUGUUUAGCCAAUAAGCGACAAAUUAAUAGUCUACUUUUGUGUAGCUGUGACAAUAUGUUGAAUUGAAAGUUGUUUGGUCCUUGUUAAUACACUAAUGCAAAUAAAUGCAUUUAUUGAUUGAGUGUAUAAAAAUGGCUCAAAAUGUUAUGAGUUUAAAAUAUUUUUUAGUUGUUAGCACGCCAUUAUAAUAUUAAAAAGUUUUUUUUUAAUAGUUCAUUGUUUCUUUACAGCAGUGAGUGAUCCACAUACUACAAGUCUUGAAAAGGAUGACCAAGAAAUGUUAAUAGACAAAGAGAAAAAACUUCUACCUUCAAGUCCUGAUAUGUCUGAUGACCUCUCAUCACACAAAGCUGAUGAUGUUAAUCCUUGUGACCCUCUAAUUCUUUUAGAAGAUGAAAAUGUGUUAUUAGACACUAAGAAUGAAAGUAAUGAAGACAUAGAAAUGUCUGACAUUCAAAUAACUAACAGUAUGACUUUAGUCGACCAUGAUCUUGAAGCAAUAGAUGAUGUGAUUGAUGUGAAGAUGUCAAAUAAAAUGGAUGAGAAAGUUUUGUGUGUGGGUGGUCAAGUGGUAAAUCAUAAAGAAAAUAAAUUCCUGAAUGUUGAUGGAAAUGUUGAUGACAGUGAGAUAGCAGGAAAGGUUGAAGUGAUUGGGAAAUUCAGUGGGCAAGUAAAUGAAGAGGUAAUCGAUAAUGUUAAUGUUCUAAGAAAAGAUGCACUCAUAGAUGAGAAAUUGGAUACCGGUACCUCUUUUUUAGACCCCAUAUCACACCCUAAAAAGACACCAGAUCUCGAUUUGUCAAUGUCUGGAAGUAAUUUAAUACUUAGUGAUGAUAUAUCUAACUGCACUAUCAAAAAAGGUGCAGACAUAAUAAUGAAAGGAACAGCAGAGCAGGCAAGUGGAGCAAAAGAAGAUGAAGUGGGGCACGUGACGGAAGAUAAAGAUGCUAAAAAUGAUGUUGAUUCAAAUGAUAAUAACCAUAAUGAAUCAAAGUACUCGCACAAUUCUUAUGAUUUGGAUGAUGAUGAUGAUGAUAUACUUUUUAUUGAUGAGACUGAUAAACUAUCAAUCAAAGAAACAAUUGGGCAGCCAAGAGACACUAAGACUCUUAGUGGGGUCUCUGCCCAGCUAAACUCUGAAAAUAUUUGUGAAUCAGAAUCAAAUGAAAAUGCUGAAACAAACAUGAAGACAGAACUUUCCAAAUCAGAAUGCCCAAGAAAACGUUUGAGCUCUGAUGAAAAUAAUGAGAGUACUGGCUCAUCAAAGCGCCUCAAGUUGAAUGUUAGUGAUGAGAAAUCUGUUAUGGAAGUUGAUGAAAGUAUUAUUUUUGCGGAAGACGAGCAGGCUACUACUAAACAUGAUGAUUCUGACAACAUGGGUACCGGAACUCAUUUAGAAAUUACAAGUGAGGUAAUUUCUCCAAGUGUAUUUAACAACAAAAUAGUUAAAUUGUUGAGUGAACUAAAUUUGAAACUUGAAAUUGAAAAAUUAAUAUACAUUUUCUCUAGAUAUCUUGUGAAUCUAUAAUUAUUCACCUUAUCUAUAUAUUUAUAUGGUGCAGUAUUUGUGUAGAAUUAAAACUUAGCAUAAGUGUUGGUAAUAAUCAAUAACUGGUUGCCAAUCCAAUUUUAAGCUGUACAAUUAACUACCGUUACUGGUAUAAACAUUUUUUUUAAAAGUUACUAUCCUUAUGGUAAAAGAAUAUUUUUAAAGAAAUAAAAUAGCCUACAACCUUUCCAUUAGGGUUAGGAAACUACCAGCUGGUCAUAGUUUAUUGUAAUAGAGAUAAUGGUAUAAAAGAUAUUAAGCUAAAUAUUUAUUCACAACCUUUUAAAAGUACUGGUUAAUGAAUUUUCUGAAAUUAAAAUGAAAAAUUAAUUUAAAUCGGCCAAAAAGAAAAAUUCUUUGUUAAAGGUACCAAAAAAAAAAAAAAGCUUUUGAUAGCUAAAACCCUCCCUUUGGAAAAUCUUGAAUAAAAUGUUCACUUAAAAAUCAUUUAGAAAUAACAUGUUGACUCGAACUGUUAGGAGGUAAUUUUUAUGUACCAAUACACAGAAAUUGAGGAGCAUCCUCUUCUUAAUUUAUCAAGCAAUUAUCGGUGUCCUUUAGAGUAAGACCAAGCUAUUUAUAAUUGCAGGUUUUGCAAGCAUUUAUAACUGCCCGUCUCAGAGCUUUCAUGAAAGAUAAAAAACAUAAUUUCAUUGAAAAACUCAACAAGCGCACAAGAAAUAUGCAGUCUGCCACCAAUUUGUGGAAAGAAACAGCUAAGCACUUAGAAAGAUCAGUGUUGGAUUUAACUCUUCUCAGCCAGAAACUAGAUCAACGAAGAAAUCAUCCAAGUGCAGCAAAGGUAAGUGUUGGGCAGUUUAUGUUUUUAUCAAUUAUUUACCAGCUAAUGUUCAAUCAGUACAUGGUACCAAUUUACUUUAAUUUCUUUCUUGAAUAAUAAGUCCAAAACUUGUAUAGCCGCUGAAGCUUUUUGUUAUUCAGAUUUAAACUUGAGAUGUACCAAUAAAUUAGAAGGACAAAGUGGUAUUUCGUACCUUUGUUUUUUCCUAAGAAUAUAGGAAAUCGUAGCAUUGGGACCCAAGUUGAUGAAGGCCAAGCAAAACCAUCACUAGGCAUGGUAGCUGUAAGUUUUUAUUUUGCUAUCAUUAGUAUGUGUACAGUACCAGUGCUAUUUAUUCUGAUCUACAAUCUGUUGGUCCAACUGUCUUGGUUACCAUACAUAAAACAAAGUUAACAUGUUUUUAUCUUACAUUUAAAUACCCGGUAUGAGUAAAUUAUAUCUGAAGAUAGAACUGGUAAGGCACCUGAACAAAAGAUUAAACCUUGGCAUAUACCAUUUGAUAGCUUUAUUAUUACUAAAUUUAAAUCGUUUAUCCAGGGAUCCCCAAAUAGAAGAAAAGAGUCGCUACUUUCUAGUGCUGCUUUAACUCUGCCACCAUCAGUUUUGUUGAAUCCAGCACAUGGUCAAAAUCUUACACCAAAACACCAUCAACAGGUGAAAGUUAAUUUUUGUCAUAGUGCAAGUUUUAUAUCGUAGAUCUUUUGUAGCAAACUGCUUUAAAAUUCAAAUAAUUAAAAUUAAUAAAACCUUUUCAUAAAAAUAGAUUUUCUGUAUCAAUUAAAAAUACUGUUAUUAUUAUUAUUAAUACCGGUAUCAAAAUUUUCUUUUCUCAAGACUAGUGUAUAUAUUUUGUUUGAUAAAUCUCUACUGUUUAUUUAAUUUGAAAUAUGUUAACUUGAAAAUAUAUUGAUAUCUUGACAGAUAUCUUCAAGUACCAGUAAUGUUAAUAGAGCAGCUGUUCGAGGACGACCCAUUACACCACAGGUCAACCCAGCACCACAAAAUAGACUCGGCAAAGUUCCAUUGCAACAGAAUAAUUCACCACGAUUUCCAUCUUCAUCAUCACCCAGGCUGGCGUCUGUUCCACCAUCUAAAGCUAUCCAGCAAGGUGCUAGAUUUCCUAUAGCCAAUCAAACAUCGAUUCCUUCGUUUAACAACAACAAUCUUAUAGACUUGACAGAUGAAGAAGAUAUUUCUAAAAAGUCUGGUAAAACUGCACCAACUCAUUCAUUGACACAAGCCACUUCCAGAACUGUUAAAUCAUCAAGUACUGCCCCAGCUAAUGGUUAUGUUCAUAAUGGUGCUUUACCCGCAAAUGCACAGCCUGUUUUGAUGGGCCCAAAUUCUCAGUUCCUUGGAUCUGGAAACUCUUCGGUUACAGGAACUCCUUUCCAGGUUGUUCCUCUUAACUCCACCUCAUCAUCCAGGGCACCUAUGUUUGCUUUUCUACCUAGUACCAGACCGGGUGCACCUGUAAAUACUCUAAUACAGCCCAGAAAUACCCAGCUGAAUAGCUCCAAUGUUUCUACAAAUGCCCCAGUCAACACAAAACAAUCUCUACCACCAUCUUUCCAUUUGAGUGUGAGUAUUUAUUUUGUAAAUAUCCUCAAACCCCUUGGAUUCUCUUGUUACAAAACAGUUGUUGUCAAAUUGUUUUUAUUGUUUUGUCACAACUGAGAAAGUUUGACACCCAAUUCACCUAGAAGACUUUUUGGUAUGUCUUCCUUUUUUAGCAUGAUAAGAAUUAAAGUAGAAAUUCCUUCCUAAAUUCAGAUUCAUCAUUGAAACUUACUACUCAGUGAGCCCCUCCCCAAAAAAUAUUUGAUAAAUUCAAAAUAUAGGGAUGCAUUUUGGCCAUACAUGAAUUAAGUCUAUCAUCCUUCUACACUUAAUCUGAGAACAACAGUAGAGAUGUUAGUGGAAAGUUGGCUUCUCUCUAUACAAAUCCUUUAUUAUUCAUUUGAAGCAAAUAGUAAUGUUUUAGUUGUAUCAUUUUUAUUUUAAAACAUCAUUUUUUAAAACUAUGUUACCAUAAUAAAUGUUUUAAAAAAUAGUCCAAAUAAGCUGUCCUUCCACUCCUGUCGCACAGCCCCAGGUUAUGACUGCAUUUUUGGAUCUCAUUGUUAUCGUUUCAAUAAUGGGCAAAUCUGUGAUUUAUCUUUAUGUAAUAGCAACCCUCCUGUGACACGAACCUUUUUUUUCUGCCUACAUCAUUCCCUUUCGAUCUGCAUUUCAAGAUAAGUAGUGGGGGCCACGUUGUUGGAUUUCACAAUUGUUGCUGAAGUCAUCUUAAGCAGUGUUCACUUUUUAUCACUACAGCACCGUACCACUGAUGAAAGAAAAUCGUAAUUUUAAACAAAUGUUUUUUUAAUUGUCAAUAAAUGAAGAAAAAACAGUUUUAUCCUUGAAAAGGUCUUUUGUUGAAAUGAUCUCAUAUGGUCCUUCUUGCCGUGCUGGGUGGCAGAGUGGUUUAAACUGAGUCAAUCCCAAGCUUGUGGAGUUCAAUCCCCAGCAAAAUACUAGACAAGUAAAAAACAGUGCCCCCAGGUGGAUGGGACAUGUUAACCUUGGAUGACAACUCAUCUAAGAGAAGACAAGCUCUGAAAUUAAACCCAUAGAUGGAGUCCCAUAGGUGUUAUGACACUGACACCAUGAAAAUUCCGACAACUCCUGCAAUGUGGAAUGCAUAACAGCACAAUGAGACAAAAGGAACACUGUCGGUCAUCCGUUGCAUCCUGGUCUAUUUCCAGUGGUCUUGCUCUUGGAACAAUUCGGGAAGGACGAGGGAGUGAGGCUGACAAAUUGAGCAAUACUCCAUCACUUUACACAAAAUACAGCUCAAGUCAAGGCCUACUACUCAAGUCAAGGCCUACUACUCAAGUCAAGGCCUACUACUCAAGUCGAAACCUUGCUCAUCUUCACAUGCAAAGGACAAAUAAUAAAUCAACUAAAAGCUACAGCUCCUGCCAAUCUAACUAUCAACACAUGUCCAAAUUCUACAACAUUCAAGAUUAAAAACUUGUUCGUCUUCAAUAUUGCUUAUUUACAUGUCAUGAGGUGUUUUUUUUUUUUUUUUUUUAAAAAUUGUGACUCUUUUUUUUCCCCCCCCCCCCCCCCCCCCUUUUCCUGUACAAAGGAUGUUAUGUUGUUUUUGUAAGUAAAUGCUAUAACAAUUUUAUUUUUGUUACAACCAACAAAGAAUGUUUUUUAAAACAAUUUCAAGUACCUCAGGUACUUGUGAAUCAUUAUUCAAAGAUAAGAAUGUGUGAUGUCAAAGUUAGGUUCAAAUAUUAUGUGUGACGUAAUUCCAAUUUUUUUCAGAGUAAGCAUCCUGCCCCACUGCCCUCUCAUCAAGAUGCCGGGAAUGCCCCUCCUAAUGCUAAAAAUCGCCCUCCAAAACCUGUUUUAAGAAUAUCCCAAGUGUCUCAAGGUAAAAAGAAUUCGAGCUCGGAAAAAAAUGUUGUACCAGUAUAUUAAUUGUUAGAUUUGUUAAAACUAAUUUAAUUUUUAUUAAGUUUUGAUAAUUUUUACUUUAUGUAAUUUAGAUGUAUUAGAGUUACUAAGCACUUCAUAAUAUUUUAAAAUACCAAGUACAGGCACUGCAACAUCAUAAGAAAUAUUGAUUUUAAAUUAACACUGGGACUGGGAUGUUAAAUGUACUUCUAAUUACCAGCCUGCAUGUCUUUCAUUUGUAAUUGUUAAAAAUUCAAUCCUGAUUCAGAAUUGAAAAUUAUGGUGUGAAGGGUUUAUCUUUGAGUUGUUUAUUGUGCAUGCAAAAAUACUAUAUGCAAUAACAGUACUAAAUUUAGUGUGGUAAUUCAGAUUUGCUGACUUUAAGUGUACCGGUUCUGGUAACCAAGGGGAUACGAUUUUUGUGAAAAAGGAAAAUACCGGUAUUCAUGUAAUUAUUCAAAAAUUUUUAGUAGGCCUGAUGCUAUUUUCAAACUUGCUUUUAGGCAUAGUGCUGUCUUGGAAUAUGCCAUCAUUAGAUGAUUCAGAAAAAAUUGCCUCCUACCAACUCUUUGCUUACCAAGAAACAGAAACAUCUAUACCGAAAUCUACCUUAUGGAAGAAGGUAACAGAUCAGCCCAGUUUCCUCUAUAAGAUAGCUAUUGUAAUAAUGAGAAAGAAGUGAUUUGGUUGUAUCAAGUUAAGUUUUAUUUAGAAAUGCAGCAAAAAACUAGUCCUUUCACAUUUUGGUUCAGUUUUGAUUAUUACGGUACUUAUACAUUUGGAUAAAUAUCUGCCACUACAAGUAUGCCUUUCAAAACUUUUUGUUUCUAGCAAUACAUCUCUAAAAAAAAAAUUAAUUCAGAAUACAUUUGUAGUCAUGUAACCACACAGUGUAUACAUGGAAUAAAUUUUGAUUGAUUUUAAUUCAAAAUAUGUUAUGUUAUAGCGCCUUUAAAAAAUUAGAUUUUUAACUUCAGGUUGGUGAUGUCAAGGCCCUACCUCUACCAAUGGCAUGCACGCUGACACAGUUCCAGCAGGGUAACAAGUAUCACUUUGCUGUACGAGCCGUAGACCAGUAUGGGAGGUGUGGUUUGUACAGUGAUUCCAGUUCCAUCUUUCUUGGCCAGGGAACAUAAAAUACUUUCACUCCGUUUAGUGCAGGGUUAUGUUUUCUCAAAGAGAAACCUCAAUUUCUUUGUAUAUGAUGAGCUUCAUUUCUUUGUAUAUGAGCUUCAUUUCUCUGUAUAUAGAUUUAUCAAAUAUUGAGCUCUAAGGGCAUUACAUUGUUAGGAGUCACUGCAUGAUGCGGUACAAGUUAUAUGAACAUAUUUUCAAAUUUGUAGCCUAUGGCUGUCAAGUUUGUCCUGUAUCAACUUUCUUGUUUUGAUAGACGAUAACAUCAUCAUCACCUUACAUUAUAUAAUACAUUUUAACCUAGCUUCUAAUCCUGACUGAAACGAUCUUCUUCCAAAUCAUCUACAGCAUUCAUGACUAACUUAUUGUUUGCGAGGGUCAGUCAACUCCAUUCUGUUCAUUUGAAGGGUUGGAUUGAUCUAUUAUUAAUACCUAUUACAUAGGUUGUUAUAUUGGAUGCAUCCGGGUGGCAGUUGAUUCUGUCAAUGAUUAAGUCUAACAUUUCUUGUUCCUGUUAAGAUUUUGUGAACUCAAGCGCUGGCCCUAAAGUUUUAAAAUGUUUCAUAAUACAAUUUUUAAAAUCAUCUUUCUUUCUUUCUUUCUU